AUGCCUGCGGCCCAAGCAGAGCGAGAGUCAGGCCCAUCGGAUGAAACGCCAGAUGCAUCCCUCUCGCACGAGGAGUACAACAAUUCCUACAGUCUCGCGGCGCAUUCGAAUGGGGAAUCUCACUCCAGGACCUCGCGAGCGGCCUCUCCCGACGGCGGAUCGCUCUUUGCCGGGCAGUAUCUUGGGCCUGCGUCGCCCUACAACUUCCUCCGUCGAGCCUGGCAACGAUUCGAACGCGACGACUUCAAGGCCGACUUCGUCGGAGCGGCAUCCGAGGAUCUCAAUCCGACCGAGUCGAUCUUCUCCUAUGGUGAUCGCAACGUCCCCAAGCCGGACCGGCGAGUGGAGGGCUUCCGGCUCCCGGAUCGAUCGAGUACCGCAUUGCUCACCUCGCAGUACUUUGAUCUUGCCAUGCCAACAUAUCGCUUCCUGCACGCCGGCACCGUGCGGCGGUGGCUGGAAGACUACCAUCGACAAGAGUCCAGUCCGGACCAGGCCCUCCUCUUACCGGUUCAACAGGCGAUCGUCUGCAUGGUCUUAGCAACUGCUCGCCUCUUCCACGCGGACAGUAAUGGCGUCAUGCGUCCCGACCAGCAAUCGUGGGAGGACAGUGAACGCCUGUUUGAGGUUGCGCAGGCGAAACUGCGAGCCGAGCGAGGUAAGGCCCGGCUAGAAUCCGUGCAAGCAAGACUCGUGAGCUGCUUGCAUCUCCUACAUACCCACCGCCCGAAUGAAGCGUGGUAUAAGUUUGGGACCACGGUACAGCUUUGCAUGGCUCUCGGCAUUCAUCGCGCAGCAACCCUGGGACCCCCAGCACACCACGACCCGGUCAAUCGGGAGUGCCGUCGACGCACGUUCUGGGCUGCGUCCACGCUCGAUACCUAUCUCAGCGCCAUGUUGGGUCGACCUCCAAUGAUACACCUGGAUGAUAUUGACCAAAGACUGCCCGAAGCGAUUGACGAUGAGGACUUAUCAUCAUCGGAUGGUGCUACUCCUGAAAGACCGGUGAGGGAUAGUGUCAUCAAAGCAGCUAUCUUACAUGCACAGAUUGAGCGCAUCGUCAAGAAGGCCUCGCGAGAACAGUAUUCUGCCCAGCGCAAGACGAGCCGUGAGAAACUAGAAGCGGCGACCAGUCUGAACGCUGAAACCGCUGCCUGGAGAGCUUCACUUCCCGUCGUGCUUUCUGGAGCAAUACAUCCUUCAAGUCUCAUACCCACCUUCAGACGCCAGAUCACGGUCCUACAAUUGGCCCACGCGCAUGCACUCAUGCUCAUCAACCGGCCAAGUCUCCUGCUUGACACCGGCCAGGUCGAUCUGAAAGAGGCUCAAGUCGAUGCUUGUAUCUCAGCGGCAAAGUCGACGCUAGAUACGAUCCUGGCAGCGGGUCUAGGAACUCACAUUUUCCAAGUCUUCUGGUACACGCAGUUUGUCGGCUUCAAUGCUCUGUCCAUCGUCUACGUUUGGCUCAUGCAGCGCAAGCAAGGACGCCUUCCCGAAACACAAGGUAUCGAGGAAGACGAGCUCCUGCAGCUCGCGGAGAGUGUACAGAAGGACUUGAUCGAGGCAAGCCGCACGAAUGCACCGAGUUUGAGGUAUAGUAUAGUGCUGGAAGAGCUUCACCAGGAGGUCCAAAGGAUGAAUUCAAAGCCUCCACAGCGGCUAUCGCACCUGAGCACUAUCCUGGAGACUCAUAGCGGCGGGCCAUCACAACCUUCUCCCAAUCCAAUGGGGGUCGAAGAAAUUGUCGAAUCGGUCGAAGCAGGGGCAGAAGAUCCUUUGAUGGAGGCUCUGGCUCGUGACUUUCCUCUGGACCCAGAUUUGUGGCUUGCUCUAGACUCGUUUCCAUUCUCGGACCUUGGACAGAUAGAGUGA